AUGAAGAUAACCACCACCCCUCAGGAGUUUGUGGACGAGUCAUUACGGCUCCUAGAAGCUCGUCCAUCUGCUACCAUAACAACCACAUACCAUGCAGCCGCAUCCGGCAAAGGAAAACUUACAAUCAAGACCUAUGAUCCAGCGUCAGGCGCAGUCAUUAAGUUUAGAACCUGCAAGAUCGCUGUUGUAGGACGGAUGAUCGCAGGCCUCAACCGCUUAGGAAGGCAGCAAGCCAAUGUGCCAGAGCCAGUCGUGACCGAUACGCCGGCAGAUGCUACACUAGUUUCCACAGUCACAUCUGCAACAGGGACGCCGAUUUCAGGGCAGGCUACGCCGCUGACAGCAGAUACGGGGUCGAAAAAUAAGAAGAAGAAGAAAAGGGGAAAGCCAUGA